UUUGAAGAAGGGGUUUGUCCACCAGCACUCCUCUUCCAACUGUCAAAAAGCCUCCACUGGCAUUGCUCCCUCUUCUCCACUCUCCUCCCUCGGAUGAAAUGACUACUCUACCCCACCCAUGUCCUCUCAAACUCACUCUCCACUCGCCCCACUCCACUCACUCCACUCGCCCCAAGUCCCUAGUCCUCUGCAAGAAACGCAAGAACGACACCGCGUUCGAGGAGCAGAAAUCCGGCUUCGUCGACUACGACAAGGGCCAGCACGAGGUCUCCACUCGGGUGAGUGGACUCAGGAAGGCCGAUAUACCUAAACGGUACCGUUUGCGUGUGGAAGGCGACCGCUUCCAAAAGGACUGGACCGUGUCCGAGGUCGUCGACCAAAUUCUGGAGCUUAAUCAUUGGGAAAACGUCGAACCGGUGCUGAACCGGUGGGUUGGCCGUUUUGCUAGGAAAAAUUUCCCGUUUCUCAUCAAGGAGCUGACGCAAAGCGGUGCAAUUGAACAUAGUGUAAAAGUAUUUGACUGGAUGAAAAAUCAAAAGAACUACUGUGCGCGAAACGAUAUCUACAAUAUGAUGAUAAGAUUACAUGCUAGACAUAAUCGGACGGAUCAAGCACGUGGUUUGUUUUUCGAAAUGCAGAAGUGGAGGUGCAAACCUGAUGCUGAGACAUACAAUGCUCUUAUCCAUGCACAUGGUCGAGCAGGUCAAUGGCGCUGGGCUAUGAAUAUCUUGGAAGACAUGCUCAGUGCAGCUAUCCCUCCAAGUCGAUCAACCUAUAACAACUUGAUCAACGCUUGUGGAUCUAGUGGAAAUUGGAGAGAAGCUCUGAAGGUUUGCAAGAAAAUGACAGAAAAUGGAGUUGGGCCAGAUCUGGUUACACACAACAUCGUAUUGUCUGCAUAUAAGAACGGGGCUCAGUAUUCAAAAGCUUUGUCUUAUUUUGAACUGAUGAAAGGAACAAAUAUUCGCCCUGACACAACUACCCUAAAUAUUGUGAUAAAUUGCCUGGUGAAGCUUGGACAAUAUGGAAAAGCUAUUGAUAUUUUUAAUUCCAUGAGAGAAAAGAGAGCAGAUUGCCACCCUGACAUUGUUACAUUCACCAGCAUCAUUCAUCUGUAUUCUGUUAGUGGACAGAUGGAAAAUUGUAAGGCUGUGUUUAAUACAAUGCUUGCAGAAGGUAUAAGACCCAAUAUUGUUACAUAUAACACACUAAUGGCUGCAUAUGCUUCACACGGAAUGAGUGAAGAGGCAUUUGCAGUUUUUGAGCAGAUAAAACAAAAUGGUUUUCGUCCAGAUGUUGUUUCUUUUACUUCUUUACUGAAUGCUUAUGGAAGAUCACUGCAGCCUGACAAAGCUAGGGAAGUUUUUGUCAUAAUGAAGAGAGAUAAUUGCAAACCUAAUCUUGUAAGCUAUAAUGCAUUGAUUGAUGCCUAUGGAUCUAAUGGUUUAUUAGCCGAGGCUGUGGAAGUCUUGCGUCAUAUGGAGCAAGAUGGUAUUCACCCAAACAUAGUCUCAAUUUGCACCCUCUUGGCUGCCUGUGGGCGCAGUGGGCAAAAGGUGAAGAUUGAUGCUGUACUUUCAGCAGCUGAGUUACGAGGUAUCAUGCUGAACACAGUUGCCUACAAUUCAGCAAUUGGAAGCUAUAUGAAUGUCGGAGAGUUUGAGAAGGCUGUAGCUUUGUACAAAUCCAUGAGGAAAAAGAAUGUCAUACCAGAUUCCGUUACUUAUACAGUAUUGAUAAGUGGUUGCUGUAAAAUGUCAAAAUAUGGUGAGGCUCUAGGCUUUCUUGCUGAUAUGGUGGCUUUAAAACUUCCUCUAACCAAGGAGGUGUACUCAUCUCUUAUUUGCAUUUACAGUAAACAGGGCCAAGUUGCUGAAGCAGAAUCAAUGUUCAACAUGAUGAAGGUUGCCGGUUGUUGUCCUGAUGUUGUUGCAUAUACUGCAAUGCUGCAUGCAUACAAUGCUGCAGAAAAGUGGGAAAAAGCUUGCGCACUAUUUCUAGAUAUGGAAACAAAUGACAUCCAACCUGAUUCUGUAGCAUGUUCAGCUCUAAUGAGAGCUUUUAAUAAGGGAGGACGACCAUCCAAGGUUCUUGUUUUGGCAGAGUAUAUGAGAGAGAAAGCAAUCCCUUUAAAUGAUGCUAUUUUCUUUGAAAUGGUGUCAGCUUGUAGCAUGUUACGAGAUUGGAAGACCACAAUGGACCUGAUCAAACUAAUGGAGCCCUCGUUCCCUUUAGUUUCCAUUGGACUAAUGAAUCAGCUUCUUCAUCUGGUUGGAAAAAGUGGAAAAAUUGAGCCUAUGAUGAAGCUGUUUUACAAGAUAAUAGCAUCAGGUGCUGCAGUCAACUUCAAUACAUAUUCAAUCUUGUUGAAGAAUCUUUUGGCUGCUGGAAAUUGGCGAAAAUAUAUUGAGGUUCUUCAGUGGAUGGAGGAUGCUGGAAUUCAACCUUCAAAUGGGAUGUUUGUUGAUAUAGUCUCCUUUUCACAGAAAGGUUGUGGGGCUGAAUAUGCAGAUAAAAUACGAGAAAGACUGGAAUCCAUGAGAGCAUCUGGGGAUCAAAAUUCAAGCGGCAUGGUUGCAUCUCCUCUGUCAACCUCGCCAUUGAUUGUUGGAUCAGAGGUGUGAAGCUACAAUUGGAGAGGGGCCACUGGUGGCAGUUUAUUGUUGAGAAGUAACAUCUCUUACUUCUCAGAAUAUAGUAAGGGUAGAAGCCUACUAAACCCAAAUUUUAUUGUGAGGAAUCAACUGUAAUUAUGCAUAGUUUAUUGGAAUUUCAUUCAAGUGGAAGGGGAAUAUUUUGAUUUGUAUUUUGAUUUGUAAUUUUUUUCAAUUACAAUAUAUAGUGAUAUUUGUUAAUAUUUUUUUAAAAAAUAAUGUAUUGUAUUAACAAA